AUUAUCGCUUUCUCAUCUAUGGUAUUCUUACUUUCCACGUAGCUUUAUUUGAUAAUUUGGUAUUGCUUUCUUUGUUCACUUGUGUGUUCAUGGAUUAGUCCUUAUGUGAUCAAGAGUUAUGAAUUUAAUCUACCAGUUUAUGUUGUUUGUAGUAAUUGAUGUCAAUACAAUACUAUGAAGUGAUAAUAUUGUUGUUUUUAACUUACACAAUUUAUUUUUCAUUAUUUAUUGUGGUCUCUAUUGUAACUUUUACUUCGACUGAAAGGAUUGGUAUGUGAUGUAAUCUAUCCUCAAUUUUUCUUGUUAAUACCGUUGUGUUACUACGUAAUCUAUUUUCUAUAGUUCGUGGAGAUCGAAACAAGAGAAAUGUUCAAGUUGAUGAGCCAGAGGACCUUGCCUCGAUGCUUUCGAAAUAGGGAUUCGAAGAAUGGCAUGAAAAAGACCAACAGCAAGCGAAGGAGGCAAAAGGCUGAAAGUCGUAAUAGGACAGCACUAGAGUCAACUGAGAAAGCUACCAAGCUAUACCAAGGGGUGGCUGUUGUUAACAAGUUUGAAGAUGAAGCUUAUAAUCGGGUUGGGUACACCAUUGUUUCUAAGUUUACUCCAAAUGCGGUCGAUGGAUCUGGUGCCGUUAGAAAAGCUGUGGUGGCAGUGGUUAAAGCUGCUUUUGAUUCUAUAGACCUUGAGUUAAAUUGUGGGACUCAUCCUCGGCUCAGAGUUGUGGACCAUAUUUCCUUCCACCCUCUAGCUCAAACUUCUCUGGACGGAACAGCUAGGCUUGCAGAGUUGGUGGCAACUGACAUCGGCUCCAGUCUUCAAGUUCAAGCAACGCCAACUGAAGGGGUUGUGGUAGUCGGAGCAACUCAGUGGGUUGAUAACUAUAACGUGCCCAUCUUCACUAAUAAAAUAACUGCUGUUCGUAGGAUUUCAAGAAGGGUGAGUGGGCGAGUAGGAGGGAUUUCGUCUGUUCAAGCAAUGGCACUUGCACAUGGUGAGGACAUCAUUGAGGUGGCGUGCAAUCUGUUGGAGCCAAGUAAAUUCAUUGCUGAUCAGGUUUAACAUGAAGUCGAACGACUCGUGGUUGAAGAGGGAUAAAUGUAGGGAAGGGUAUUAGAAGGAUUCUUCUCAGGAGAAGGUCGUUGAAAGUUGCUUGAAACUAAAUUCGAUGAUGUGAUAAAAUUUUGAAAACAACAAGUUUUUCCAUCUGAAUUGAUUGUUCAAAUGCCAUUACCAUCAAAGUAACUUCUGUUUUGUUUUUAA